GGCUCAUCCUUUCCCAAUUGAUCUCUCUCCUUUCCCCUCCUUCCGUUAUAAGGAGCCCUAACGCGGUGGAAAGAAGGGCGAGAAGGAAGCGGUCGAUCGGCAGUCCUGGACUUCGCCGGAGGUGGAGGACUCGACGCCCUACCGGUCAGUGAUCAGCAGUUUAAAGAUUUCUCAGCAUGUCUUGGUGCACUAUUGAAUCUGAUCCUGAUCGGUUUUCGGUUCAGCGCCUACGGGGGAUCGAUCAUGGGUUUCCGAACCUUGCUCACGAGUCAAAGACAGAUCGGCUCGAGCCCCAACCCGAGUGAUUCAAGCCCGACUCUCUCCGGCCAAGGCUAACCAAAUAGAAAUCGAGGGAAGCCCAACCCUACAUAUAAAUCUCGCCGAAGGGCUCCGCGUCUCGCGGUCGGCUCCACUCCAGAAGAAGCUGUCGCUGGUCGCAACUCGUUGAACCCUUAAAACCCGAGCCGACGUCAGGGUUAAUAUCCUCAAAUGCUUGACCCGUUCAGAUCGUGCCAGCUCAUCACUCCUUUAUCUCUAGCGGCCGGUUCGGCCGACAUUGGCCCAUUCCUAACCUAGGCUCAUCUUCAUUUUGCCGCCACCCUUCUCCCCCAAAAACCCUCUCCUCGCCUCCGCUUCCGAUCCACAAAAAGAAAUCACCGCCAAGUGCUCAUCUCCCUCUCCUCCUCUUUUGAGCACAAAUAGUUCUAAGUUCAAGAAAUUGCGGAGUUGUGUGCUUGAAUGAACCUUGAAAAGUCUGCAGCAUUCUUUACUUUCGAUGGUCUUGAGAGGGAUUUCGAGACAUUCUUCAUUUCAUCUAAUGGGCAUCGGUGCGAUUUGGGGGCAGUUCAAGUCACAGGGUUUCGAGACCCUCUUCUAUGAGCAGGUUUGUACUGGGAUUGUUGCGCCGAGCUCUUCUUGGAAGAACGCGGUCUUACUCUUCCUCGUCUUCGUCUCUGCUUUUCUUGGACGACCAGCUGUUUGAUUCGAAGCCUGCUAUUGAAAUUGAUACUGUUGCUAGGACUAAUGUAAAGGGUCUCAAUUCUUAUCGUGAUAAACACCCAACUCUUUUCCCCUUUAUUGCCGUAGUUGUGCAUACUUUGAAUUGGAGCAUUGUGACGGAAGUCAAAUUCUUUGGGGCAGUGAACAAGUAUGGCUACUCUCAUUCUUUGGAAUCAUUUGCAAUAUUGAUUGGAAUAUUUGCUUCCGCCAGGAUGCAUCGGGAGGUCAGGUGUUUGCUUAAAAGUGUUUUGGAUUACAAUAUGAAUGGUGACUCCAGCUUGUUUGGAUUGCUCUCUUCGUUGGUGGGCCUCUCAAAUGGUGCUUUGAGCUUGUUGCAAGCCUACGGGGCUGUCAUCCAGGUUCUUGCGGAGUCGUCAAUGCUAGAAGAUGCACUGGAAGUCUACAUGGAGGCAAAAAGAAUUGGACUCAAAGUUGGUGUUCCCUUGUUUAAUCUUUUGCUCAAGUGCUUUGUUGAAAGGAGUGAGGUGGACUGUGCUAAACGGCUGUUCGACGAUAUGAGGAUCUCUGGCCCAUCACCCAAUGUCUACACCUAUACUAUUAUGAUGGAUUUGUACACUAAGCGAGAAAUGUUAGACAUGGACGAAGCUGAUGGAAUUCUUAAGGAAAUGGAACACAAUGGUGUAAGCCCAAAUGCAGUGACCUAUGGCACUUACAUCCGGGGACUUUGUGGAGCUGGGAAUCCGGAGUCUGCAUGGGAGUUUCUUCGGGACCUGCAAGAUAGAGGCCUGCCACACAACAACUACUGUUACAAUGCUGUCAUUCUUGGUUUCUGCUGGGCAGGUGAGCUGCAUAAAGCUUUGAAGGUUCUUGAUGAAAUGAAGUUAUGCGGCUUGACACCAGACAUGCAUAGCUACAGUAUUCUGAUUGAUGGGCAUUGCAAGAUAGGGGAAGUUUUGAAAGGCUAUGAUCUGCUUGUUGAGAUGGUGAACAAUGGAAUAAUGCCAACAAUAGUAAGCUAUAGCUCGCUUUUUCAUGGCUUGUGUGUCAAAGGAGAGAUGGGAAGUGCAUUAAAUUUGUUUCGUGAGCUCAGAGAUCAAGGUUGCGACCUUGAUUUGGUUGCUUAUAGCAUUCUCAUUGAUGGGUACUGUCGGCAUGGAGAUUUGGAUGGUGCUUAUGAGCUCUGGCAAGAGAUGGUUCAAAACAAUUUUAUUCCAGACGUUUUUAGUUAUACAAGUAUAAUUUAUGGAUAUUGCAAAAAACGAUGCUUAAAAGAAGCCCUAGAUCAUUUUGAACUUAUGCUUCAUAGUGGUGUCAUGCCUAGUGUUGUUACUUGCACUGUGAUUGUUGAUGGGUUUUGCAAGGAAAGACUCAUAGUAGAAGCUUUUAAAUUCUUAAAUGAAAUGCAUGAUUGGGGUAUUGUUCCCAAUAUCUUUAUGUUUAAGGUCAUCAUCAAUGCAUUAUGCAAGGAGGGAAGGUUAGAUAGGGCAUGGGAAGUUUUUGGAGCAAUGACAAAGAGGGGGUUAGUUCCUGAUGUAGUUGUUUAUACUAUCCUUAUUGAUGGUAUGGUCAAAAUGUUGAAUCUGGAGGAAGCUUACAGGUUGUUUAGGAGAAUGUCAUAUGAGGGUGUCAUGCCCAACAGUUUCACAUAUACAAGCCUUAUCAAUGGGUUUUGCAAGAGUGGCAGGUUGCCUGAAGCUUUGAGUUUCUUUGAGGAAAUGAUCGGGAAGGGGUUCACACCUGACAGGGUUGUUUAUACAUCAAUGAUUGAUGGGUAUUGUAGGUGCAGAGAUAUGGAAAAGGCUGUGGAAUUGUUCAACAAAAUGGUCCAAAAUGGUUUAUUGCCCGAUGUUUUUACCUACACCUGUCUGAUUGAUGGAUAUUGUAAAUUGUGUCAGAUGGGCAUUGCUGUCUCACUGAUGGAUGAGAUGAUGAAAAUGGGUCUUACUCCUAAUGAAAUAACUUAUACUGCUCUAAUCACUGGAUAUCGCAAAAUGGGUGACUGGGACAAAGCUUAUGAGAUAUAUAAGAUAAUGAUGAAGCAGGGCAUUUCAUCUGAUGCUUUAAAUUAUCAUCAUUAGGCAUUAAAUGUGAUGGAGGUUGAGCAAUGAGAAGAAUUAUGACUCUAAGCAAGUGGUAUUUAUAAUCACAUUUAUCAUGCCUCUCAAACUGAGUCAUCCUUCACAGGGCCUGCUGGUCAUCAUUGAUCUCACUGCGGCACCUGCCGGUCGUGAUGUAGAAGCAUAAGCCUUUGUAAGUCAAGGUUAUGCCAUCAAGGACAGGAUGGUUGGACUGAUCUCUAACCCAGAUGGUCUUCAAAGUGCAUUCUGAGAUGGAUAGGUGUUAAUAUUGCAGUAACUGAGUCUGUCCUGGAGGAAGUCACAUGGUUUUAGGUUCGUGGCACACGAGUCAGAUGGUACAGAACCUCGUAUCUUGAUAAAGAGAGUAAUCUGGUGCAUAAGAAUUUUGUUGAAAUCGGUUUUCGGUUCAGCGCCUACGGGGGAUCGAUCAUGGGUUUCCGAACCUUGCUCACGAGUCAAAGACAGAUCGGCUCGAGCCCCAACCCGAGUGAUUCAAGCCCGACUCUCUCCGGCCAAGGCUAACCAAAUAGAAAUCGAGGGAAGCCCAGCCCUACAUAUAAAUCUCGCCGAAGGGCUCCGCGUCUCGCGGUCGGCUCCACUCCAGAAGAAGCUGUCGCUGGUCGCAACUCGUUGAACCCUUAAAACCCGAGCCGACGUCAGGAUGAAAAGGGUUUAUGGCUGCAGGAGAAGGCAGUAAUGAUGUCAAAUGUAAACUCCCAACAUCCCCAGCUAAUGCUCGAUGCCAUCGCUUGCUGGCUAUAAAGACAUCAACUAUAGAUUCAAGUCCCUGAGAGCCCUUCUUUUCAAGUGAAGGUGCCACAAUGGACUGGCAACCCUUCUGAAGUUUCGUGUUUCUGAUGCCUUGAAAUGGUUGGAGACAUGGAUCCGGCCUCCAGAAAAUCUAGGAGAAGAAACCAACUUUCAGGCGCUACUAAAGAAGGAAAGAUACCUGUCUAUGUAAAUAUCCUGGUUCUGUAGAGUGCAUUAGAUUUCAUGUGCGAGGGAAGAGGCUCCAAUUGAAACAUGAAUUGGGUUCAACUUUCCAUGCUUGUAGAUUCAAGUGCAUGGGUGAGGAGGCUGCAGUUUCUGACUUUCAUGGAUGGAGGAAGAGCAAAAGAGGUUCAAGGCCAUCAUGCAUCUGAAUAGACCAUUUCUAAAAAGAAUUUCUGGGACCAACUUUAUCCAUGUUUUCCUAUGUAGUCAGCUAACCUUUCAAUGUGCUUCUUCUUGGAUGCUGGAGUUCUGAAAAUGGACCCUCCAAAUAGCAUUCACUGUGAUGACGAGUUAGACUUCUUAAGAAAUCCUUACGAUCAUGUUGUAGUUAAGAUUCAUGAUUUUUCAAUAAUGCAUAGCAUCAAUUUAGAUCAGAGUAUGGACACAACAGAACCCAAGGAUGGUGAUGUAAGUCAGGAGCAUCAUAUUUGAUCUGGGAGCAGGAAUUCUGAGCAAAGGUGAUUAUUCUCAGUCUCUUACAAUGAUAUUGGUGACAACUCCCUUCGAGGCUAAAUCUUGUUGGGGAUUGAUUUAUGAUGUUUCAAGGGGCAAGAUAAUUUUGGAGAGUUUCCUAGUGGUAUGGUGGAUGGUGCUCGUGUCUUGAGGAGAUGUUACCUAUUUUUUUUUUGACUUAAAAAUCAAUAACAACUAUUUAAAUCAUAGAUCCA